UGUUUGGCGGAUAUUUGUCCUUUACAACCCACCAAAGUGUGGUCUUAGUAAAUUUAACUUACCUACUCUUCCCUUUUCCCCAGGGUCUGACGGAUUAGCUUUCCCUUCCUCUUGUAGGCUCCAAAGCCAAGGAUCACCACCACUUAGGCCAGCAGCAGCAGCAGCAGCAGCAACAGCAGCAACAGCAAGAGCAGCCAUUCCCAGAAGCCAAUGCUGAAGCCAUCAGCUUCCUCAACUCCUUCCGCUACCUCAACGAGCAUCUGGAGCUAAUGGAGCAGCACAGUCAAGAAUUCAUCAAGUGCUUAGGAGGCUGAGGCAGGAGAAUUGUUGCAAGUACAAGGCUCUCCUGGCCUAUGUAGAGAGUUCCCGGCCACGCUGAACUAUUUUGCCUCAGAAAAACCAACUACAGACAAACAGCAUCGAAGAAAGGAUGGGAGCUUAACCUCUCAAGGGUGAGCACGUGAUUCUCCCGUGUGCUCUGUUCUUCAGUUUCCCAUCAUCCCCAUGGAGAGGAAGAUGAGCGUCCUGAAGCAGGAUGACCAGUUGGUUGUGUCCAGAAGUGUCAAGGAGGGUGAGGAAACGAAGACCGGAGUCUCUGUUUUCCCCUGUAAAUCACUCAAGGGCUUUGUCUCCAGUGCCGCCAAUGUGGUGCUGCUGAGAGUGAUGGCUUGGCGGCAGUCAGUACCCAGCGGUGCUCGAUUCCUAGCCUUGGACUCGGAGGGCAAGCUGUGCUAUUGUACCUAUAAAUCCCUGGGUUUCCAGACAAUCCAAGUGGGCAACCAGCAGGCUGAAAUGUUCAUCGUGGAGCAAACCAUACACUCUGAAGACGGCAUACCUUUCUCCUGCCAGUUCUAUUUGCUCUCUGAUGGGCACCUGGCUAAAAGAGUCCAGGUAGGCUCUCCAGGAUGCUGUAUCAUCACCAAGAUGCCCCUCAUAAGGGAGGAGGAUGUGAUUGAGCCUCCGCCCACGUUUGAUCGGAAGCCCCUGGUGUGGGAGGAAGACCUGGAGCUUUACUCGAAAUUCCUGGAUCGGAAGGAGCAGCUGCGCCUCAGCCACACGAGGUAUCUGCGACAGCACCCGGAGGCCCAAGCGCUGGUCUCUGAUUUCCUGCUGUUCCUGCUGCUCCGCCGGCCAGAGGACGUGGUCACCUUCGCUGCUGAGCACUUCGGGCCCUUUGCGGCGCUGCGCUCACCUAUCCCAGCCCUGCGAUCCUCACACCAGCCCAGCCCUUUCCGCUCUCUGGAGGAAGAGGAGGAGGGAGAGGAGGAGGAAGAGGAAGAGGAAGAGGAAGAGGAGGGAGAGGAGGAAGGAGAGGGCAAGGAAGAAGUGGAAGAGGUGGAGAUAGAAGGGGAUGAUGACUACUUGUAUGUCGACGAGGAAGAAGAGGUGGAGGACGACAUCUACUAUGACAGUUACUAUUACAAAUACGAAGAUGAAAACAUCUACGAAGAUGAAAACAUCUACUAUGAUAACUAUGAUGUUGACAAUGACAAUGACGAUAUUGACAAUUACGAUAACGACGACGACGAUGAUGACGAUGUCGACGACGACGAUGACGUCAAAGUCGAUGAUGACAACGUUGAUGUUGAUAAUGACAACGUUGAUGUUGACAAUGACAACAUCAACCAGGGUUUGGACCUCAAAAAGGACUAGGUGGACAGCUGGAAGCGGGAAACUGAGAUUGGCUGGGGGUGCAGCUUCAGUGGGUGAUAAGCAGGGUCCUUCCCAUGUGUUACUCUGCCAGCAGGGACUGUAUUUGGCCAGUUCUUCUUGUCAAAUAUGGGAAGCUUUUGUUUACCCAUCAAGUUUCAUCUUUUCUUCCUAGAGUCUAUUUUCACAGUUCUGGCCAUUUCAAAGAAAAUAAAAUUAAGGCCUGUGGCCAGA